AUGCCCAGCCACCCAUCCCCUGGGCUGCCACCACCUCUGCUCCAUCUCCCCCCAACACCCCUUUUGCUUUUCUUUCCAUGGGAUCAAGGGGAAAUUCCCCCUCAUGGGGCUGCUCCGGACCCCCGGGCUGGCCAGCACUGCACCCCAUUGCUCCCCAACACCUCUGCCAGCACCUGCGCCCCAUUGCUCCCCAACACCUCUGCCAGCACUGCACCCCAUUGCUCCCCGACACCUCUGCCAGCACCUGCGCCCCAUCCCAGAGGUUUUAAUUGGGGUUUUUUUCCUUCUCCUGAAGCUGCUUCAAACCCCCAAGGGUGGAAGGAUGUAACAGAGAAUGUGGCCAGGGAAGAUGCUCCAGAACCCGGGAGGGUCCAUGAGCUCCAGCGCAAGCAGGAGGGCGGAAGGUUGGGGACAAGGAUGGGGACAAGGGGCUUGUUCGACCCACUGCAGAAGCACCUGGGAUGUUUUUCCCAUGGGAUGCCAAGGAUGGCUCUGGGUUCAGGACGAUGCCGUGUGGCGCCUGCAGCCGGGUGGUGCUGGCACUGAUGACCCUGUCCCUCGGCUUUGCAGCAGAUGAGCUGCUGUGUGCCUGUGACGUGCCGCACUGCAGCCUGCCCACCUGCACCGGCACCGUCUGCUUCGUCAGCAAGAGGAAGGAGGAGGGAACCAUCACCCAGCACCGGGGAUGCUUCUCCCAGAACAUCCUGGAGCACUGCCGCGCUACGGCGACGGAGCAGUACGGCACGAGGUGCUGCGAGUCCAGCAUGUGCAACGCCGAGCUGGAGAUCUUCCUGCCAGGAGAAGAAGCCUUGGGAAAGGUGUCUUCCCUGCCCAACCUCCUCCUGAUGAUCUUUGUCCCGCUGCUCGCACUCCUCAUCCUCGUGGCGCUCAUGGUCCUCUUCUGCUGGAAGGUGGCCCAGCACCGCCACAAGAAAAGCGACUUGGGAGACAUGGACCUCAUGCUGAAGACAUCCAUGAUGGGAGACAGCACUUUGGAGGACCUGCUGAACGAUGACUGCACGACGGGCAGCGGCUCGGGGCUGCCCUUCCUUGUCCAGAGAACCGUGGCCCGGCAAAUCACCCUGGUGGAGUGCGUGGGCAAAGGACGCUAUGGCGAGGUGUGGCGAGGCGUGUGGCACGGGGAGAGUGUGGCCGUGAAGAUCUUCUCCUCCCGGGACGAGCAGUCAUGGUUCCGUGAGACAGAGAUCUACAACACCGUCCUGCUCCGGCACGACAACAUCCUGGGCUUCAUCGCCUCUGACAUGACGUCAAGGAACUCCAGCACCCAGCUCUGGCUCAUCACCCACUACCACGAGAACGGCUCGCUCUAUGACUACCUGCAGAGGACGGCGCUGGACGUGGAGACCUGCCUGGGCUUGGCCACCUCCAUCAUUUGCGGCCUCGUCCACCUCCACGUGGAGAUCUUUGGCACCCAGGGCAAGCCCGCCAUCGCCCACCGCGACCUGAAGAGCAGGAACAUCUUGGUGAAAAGCAACCGGCAGUGCUGCAUCGCAGACCUGGGGCUGGCCGUUAUGCACUCCCAGGGCAGCGACUACCUGGACAUCGGCAACAACCCCCGGGUGGGCACCAAGCGCUACAUGGCCCCGGAGGUGCUGAGCGAGCAGAUCCGCACCGACUGCUUCGAGUCCUACAAGAAGACGGACAUCUGGGCGUACGGGCUGGUGCUCUGGGAGAUCGCCCGGCGGACGGUGGUGAACGGCAUCGUGGAGGAGUACCGACCGCCCUUCUUCGACGCCGUCCCCAGCGACCCCAGCUUCGAGGACAUGAAGAAGGUGGUUUGCAUCGACCAGCAGACCCCCGUGGUCCCCAACCGCCUCUUCUCUGACUCGGUUUUGUCGGCGCUGGCAAAGAUCAUGAAGGAGUGCUGGUACCAGAGCCCCUCGGCCCGCCUCACCGCCCUGCGCAUCAAAAAGACGCUGAAAAAGCUCAAUAACUCCCUGGAAAAGCCAAAGCCAGAGCAGUGAGCACCAGACGCACACCGGAGCUGCUCACCGGCUGCACCGGGGACGGCGGCAAAGCCAACACCGAGACGGCUCCCUGGCACGGAGGGGAUUUUGCUCGCAGCUCCUGCCUUUCCCGCCCCUCCUUGGUGCCUUUUGAAUUUGCAAUGAGGGGAAAAAAUAGGAAGAAAAAAAAGAAGCAAGAGGGGAAUCUUCCAGCCCGGUUAUAAAAAUACCCCCUGGAUCUGUCAUCCGACGCCGGCGCGUCUCGCCUGCCCGGCGGGGUGGCAGCGGGUGCCAGUAUCCCACCCUGAGCCCCCGGCCAACAGCACAGCCGAGGGGUGAGCGGGCACCGGAGCCGGCGCCGUCCUGCACCGCAGCCCCCAAGCCCAGGCGUGCACCCCACGGCGGGCACACCGGCAGCGGGCGCUGCCCAAACCUGCCUGGCACGCUGGCGGCGGGGACGCCGCGGGCUCGGCAGCGGCGGGAAUUCCCCGGCAGGUCUGCUGUGCCCGGGGUUUGGAUGCUGCUGGGAAAGCAGCGUCCCCCGCCGGGUCAGACCCGCACCCCAACACAUCUCGGGGCUCCCCAGGACCAGGAGGUGCCAGCACUGAGAAGUGUCCCCCGUGCCGAGGCAGCGGCUCCUGCAGUGGUGACCUCAUCCUUCCCCGACAAACAGUCCGCUUGCUGAACCCUUUUGGGCUUUGCCAACAUUCUGGUGUUUUCCAGGGUGUUUCGGUGCACCCCAGCGCCAGCUCCAGCCCGCGCCGCUCACCGCCACCCCAAAACCACCCCGCGUUCGGGGCCGUUCAGAUGGGACCGGGAUGUUCAGCAGAACCAGCUUCGCGCCUUACUCCAUAAUUAUUUAAUUAUUAAGAUUUAAUAUAUUUAAUAAAAUGUAAAGCUAU